AUGAUUUCUUCUGAAGGCUCUUCAAGACGCUCUUCUAUUCCUUGUGUCCCUGUUAAUUACAAAGGUUCUAAACGUCAAAAGGCUGGAAAUUCUCUUAUUCCACGUUUUAUGUUUAAACAGGCCAAACCUGCUAUUGACUAUUUUAGUUUAAAGAAAGAUAGCGCCAAAACUAAAAAGUCAGUUUCAUAUUCUCCAACAGUCUAUUGUGAACCAUUAAAAAUUAAAGGGUCUUAUAUCUCACGCAAAGCAGCAAAAAAAGUUGAAUCUCUACUUUCUAACUUUCAAGACAAACCACGACAAAAGAAUGUUACUUUACCUGGAAAAUCAAAAAUUCCGGUACCUAAAAAAACGAAUGUUUCAACCCCUUUAACUACUACUACGACGCGUACUUCUCAUAGAAAUUGUACUACCUGUUCUCAUAGAGCUAGUAGUCUUAAAAAUACAGUUAAUACGGUUAAAAAAAAGAAUUCACGUGUACGUUUUAAUUUAACUAAAGAUAAUCAAGAUAAUCAAGAUAAUCAAGUAGACUAUUCGACUUCUACUUCAAUCAAAAAACCACUUCAGAACUUAUUUAAAAAAAGGGUUUCUCCAUUACCUUUAAUUAAAAGCGAUGAUUUAUCGCCUAAUUCUAAUUCACAUAAGGAAAAUACGGUUUCUCCGUUACAAAAACCAUCUACUCCUACUUUAAUUAAGAACGAUGAUUUAUCACCUACUUCUGAUUUAUAUAAGGAAAACACGGUUUCUCCAUUACAAAAACCAUCUACCCCUACUUUAAUUAAGAACGAUGAUUUAUCACCUACUUUUAAUUCACAUAAUGUUUCUCCAUUACAAUCAUAUACUCCUACUUCACCUGAAACAAAUGACCUAGUAUUUGUUUGCACUCCUACUUUAAUUAAAAGCGAUGAUUUAUCACCACCUACUUCUAAUUCACAUAAAGAAACAAAUGAUUUAGUAUUUAUAUGCACCCCUACUUUAAUUAAAAGCGAUGAUUUAUCACCACCUACUUCUAAUUCACAUGAAAAAAAUGAUCUAGUGUUAGUAUGCUCUUCUUUAAAAAUUAAAUAUACUUCCUUGAAAAUUAAACCUGAAGCAUCAAUUUCAAUUACUCAUAGUAAUGUUGAAGUUUCAACAACUUCUAUUAUUAAACCGGAACUUGCAUCCAUCUUACUUUAUAAAGCAGAAAAAGAUUUAUCAAGUACUAAGCAACAAGCUGAUGAGAAUGUUGAAAAUGCUCCAACUUUAGUUGGCAAUGUUUGUAAAAAUAUCGUGCGAUUUAGUAAUUUUAUUUCCAAAAUUAAGACAUUAGUUUAG